CAUGAAGAGACCCAGGAUGCUCGACGUGAAACAAAUAAGAGCGGACUCUGUCGCUCUAGGAUUUCUCGUCUCUGCCCUGCGAAGGCUUGCUGCUCAUCCAUUCUCCAAAGAACGAUCUACUGCCCAGACAAGAAUUCCGCCCACACAAAUCACCAUGAAGUUCCUCUCAUCCCUUCUGCUGCUCGGCUCGGCCGCUCAGGCCCACUACACGAUCCCUCGCGCCAGUGCCAACGGCGUCUCGGGCUCCGACUGGCAGUUCACCCGCAUCACAUCCAACUACCAGUCCAACGGCCCCGUCACAGACGUCACCUCGUCCGCCAUGACUUGUUACGAACGCAACCCGGGCCAGUCGACCGCCAGCACCCUUGCCGUGACCGCGGGCGGCACCAUCACCUUUGGCAUCGCGCCCAACAUCUACCACCCCGGCCCCCUCAACAUCUACAUGGCCAAGGCGCCCUCCUCGGCGGCCACCUUCGACGGCAAGGGAGCUGUUUGGUUCAAGGUGUACCAGGACCAGCCCAAGGUCGUCUCGUCUGGCCUCGAGUGGCCCAACAACGGCGUAUCCUCCGUUACCAUGACGAUCCCCAGGUGCAUCCCCAGCGGCGAGUACCUCGUCCGCUUCGAGCACAUUGGCCUGCACUCGGCCGGUUCCGUCAACGGCGCCCAGCUGUACAUCUCGUGCACGCAGGUCAAGGUCUCUGGAGGCUCGGGCAGCACGCCCGGCAACCUCCUGUCCUUCCCUGGCUCCUACAGCCCCAACGACCCAGGCUUGCUGGUCAACAUCUACUACCCCGUUCCUACCAACUACAAGGCCCCCGGCGGCAACCCCCUUGUGUGCUAGACGUACGAUCUGCCUAGUCGACACAAGGGCUUGCGCGAACGAAGAGGAGCGUUUGCAAGGAGGGCACAGAGUACCACCUCGAUGUACGCGGGGUCGAUGUGGAUGAGAAGUGAUGGGCUGUGAAGGUCUGUGGAUCGGCAUGUUUGGGGUGUAGCUGGAGAUCCAAGGCCUAGACCCUUGAGGACUUCAGGAGGGGUUUACUGCUUGGUGUUGGAUUAUCACGCAGCGCCAGUGGCACUUAUCCUAUAUGAUCACGCUCAGCGAGCACCCGAGCAUUUCAGGGCGUCACUGUCGUUGCUCAUGCUGAUAUGCUUAUGUCAUUGGUCUCCAAGUUCACA